AUGAUAAUAGACAACAAUGCAGUGAAGACGUCUAUUUCUGGAUCUCCACCUAAAAUUACGAUUAAAAAAGGGUCAGAUCCUUUAGCCAAUCGCAGACGGUGUGUCCGGGGACUGUUCACUCCAGAGAUAUCUGGGUUCUAUCGGGGGGACAGAUGGAACUCUCUCGUCUGUAACAACAGACAUUUCUCCAGCCAAGCCGACUGGCGGAAAUGUCUAAAGGGCAAAACUUUGUACUUUAUAGGAGACUCUACUAUACGGCAAUGGUGGGAACAUUUGGUCAGCAUCUUGAAAAUGACUGAAACGCAUAUUCCGGAGGCCGUACACAACACUGGACCACUGCUUGCCAAAGAUCGUGUAGAUAACAUAACGGUUAACUUUCGUAUCCAUGGACCGCCUCUUCGUGCUGGUUUUACUCGGACGACUCUGUUGAAGUACGCCGCUAACGCCAUUGAUGACAUUAAAGGAGGAGCGAAUGAUGUGGUCGGUAUUACCUUAUGGGCCCACUUCACUUCGUUUCCUGUGCACGUUUACAAGAAAAGGAUAGAAGCCGUCCGUGCUGCAGUAGAACGGUUACUCCGCAGGAGUCCUGAAACACUCGUGGUCAUCAAGUCGGCAAACACACGCAUGGGCAAUGAGCUGAUCAGCGGGGAUUGGCUGGCGCACAAGCUGGACUUAAUGAUGAGAGAAACUUUCCGCGGGAUGGACGUUGUGCUCGUAGAUGCCUGGGAAAUGACAAAUGCACAGCACUGGCACGGGGAUAAUAUUCACCCUGUCAAGGAAAUCGUCCUACAAGAACUAGAGUUUCUCUGUUCUUUUAUUUGUCCCCUGUGA